UUGCACUUUUGAUGUUGGUCCCCAAUAUUAAGUACCAGUUUAAAUGAACGAUGGCAGGUUCUCGAGGACAAUUUUUCGGAACAAUUUAUAAAAGAACACAAGGACUUAUUAGAUCUGGUGCUUUGAGGAGGGAGAAGAUCCCGCUCUGGUUUAAUGUAUAUGAAGCUUUCCCACCAUUAGACACCUUUAAUCCAGAAGGGAAGGAGCCGGAUAUCGCUAAAAGGAUCAAAAGAAUUAAUUAUCCAGAGGACUUAAUUAGAUUAAAAUUUUAUGAUGAAUACAGCAGUCCGGAGGUUGUGAACCUAGAAAGCAAUGUAGACACAUUAAGUCAAAAGUUUGCUAAGGGAUAUAUUGCCAAAAAGAGUUCACUAUUGAAAAAGAAACAAGAAAUGUCAGAAUCUGGACAUGCUGAGGAAAGACUAGCACCCUCAGAAGAGAAUGAGGAAGAGACUGAACCAGAUGUUAGUUUUGAAGAUAUGCUGAAGGUCUUUGCAUAUGAUCACAAUCUCGGUAUGAAGGAGGAAGACAUCCAGAGACAGAGAAAGAAGAAGAGAAGAGAGAGUAUUCAAAUGAGGGAGCAAAAAGUGGACGUUCGAAAACAAUACAGACCAGAAUCCAUUAUAGGAACCUGGGACGAGCUGGACAAAUCGUGAUCAUUACACAUUAAAAACAUACAUUUUG